ACUCUUAACCAACAUUAUCAUCCAUCGGGCUUAAGCUUCACUCUCGUCCGAGGCUCAGUCACGAUAUGUCCUUUUCUUUUCUUGCUCGGUGCUGUGAAACAGUAAAAAGUCCAUUCUCUUUACUUGGUUCCGUGCGGACUGCCACCAAACGUGCUGGAGGAACAGUUCGAAACCAUGGAGGAUCGCCGGGUAAGCGUCUGGGUCUCAAGAAGUUUUCUGACCAGUACGUCAUUCCCGGCAACAUCAUAGUACGACAACGAGGAACGCAAUUCCACCCAGGACAGAAUGUCAGAAUGGGUCGCGACCAUACUAUUUAUGCUACCACCCCGGGCUUCGUACGAUUCUACAAACAAAAGUGGCUACGAGGAGACCGAAAGUUUAUUGGUGUAGUUCUGCAUCGCGGCGAGAAGCUUCCUAGGGAUGAAACUUCGCUAGGUCGCAGUCGAUACUUUGGCCUCGUCGACUUGAAUGCUUUUCCUAAGAGGGGCCCAUCAUCACAAACCGGUGCAUAAGUGGGUUUUGAUAUGCCUGCGGUUUCUUAAGAUGUCGGCUACACAACCGUCGUCGCAUUUCUACACCCGUUGCACUCAGCAUUGUGCAUCAGUGGUGGGCGGCGAUGCACAUUUUUUGCUUUCACAUAGCACAUGGUGAUAUUUUUAGUGCAUCUUUUAUAUAUAGAUGACAAUCUCAUAUGCAUUGCUAUUGCUGCGUUUGUCC